AUAAAAUCACAAAUAAAGAAGCAAGUCUCCAAAAUGAGACCCAUUGGAAACUCCAUUCAGACAAACGUAAUUGUAGUCUUAAAAUUAUUUCUCUCUCUUUCUUUCCUUCUUCUAUCUAUCUGGUUUUACGUGCCAUUUUUCCUUCCAUUUCCUAAUCUCUCUCGGAAAACCCUAGUUUCAGCUCCAUUUCCAGCAUGGAGAGAUCAAGAGGCGGGAUGUUUUUGUAGAUCAUUGAUGGUGUAAUGCAGAGAGAAUGGAAGCUAAUGUAUGUGAUGCGGAUAACUUGGAUGCCGAUGUGCUUUUGCCACCGAGGAAGAGGCUUUUAGCCGGAAUGAGGAAACAGAACGGUGAUGCCAAUCCACACACCCCUUCCUCGUCUUUUUUCGGGAGUGGUUUCAGCAGUGGUGAGUUCGAUACCCGUCUUAAUAAAUUGUUGAGAUCUCAUUUGAGUGACCAUAGUCUAUCAAACGAGGAGAUCAUUGAGGCGUCGAGAAUGGAAGCCGCCGAAGCGGCUAGGGCUGCAAGGAAUGCCCGAGCCCUUGCAGAGGAGAAAGCUGCAAAAGCAGCAAAAGCAAUAGCUGCUGCCAGGGCGGCUUUGGAAUUGGUCAGUAUUAGCGAUGAAGAAGCCGCUAGUAGACACAGCCAGUCAAAGAAGAAUAAGACGAAGAAGCAUGUUGCAGUCCAUGCGUUGUACGAUAAGAAUAGAGGGGUUGAUAGUUGUAGGACGGAUGAAGAAUUGGCUAAGAAUUUGCACAGGGCUAUAAACAGUUCCCCGAGAAAUCACCAACACAAGAAGCUCAAAACGUUGCCAGUUAGUGAGACGUCGAAGGCUUCUUCUUCUGACAGAGCGAAUUACAGAUCAAGGGAAAAUGGGAAAGCGUUAGAAGUUUAUAAAUCCAACUCCACUGCAACGGAGAGCGGGGAAAGAGUGGAAAAUGGAUCGAAGGAAGCAGAUGAAGAAUACAUGGAUGAUUUUGAAAGUGUUGGGAGAAAGAAAGGAAGGUUUAAACAGAAAAAGUUACCCCUUAGCAUUUGUAAUUUUAAGGAUCAAGCAAACCCUAAAGAGGAACUAAAAUCUAAAAAUUCACAUCGAAUUAAAGAGGACGUGAUCCCGACAACACCAACAGCUGCAACAACAACAACAGCAACAACAACAACAACAACAACUACUACUACCAUCACUAGCAAUAAGUCCAUAUUUUCUGUUGAGAGGUCACCAGCUUGGAAGUGCCAAGCGUUCAAGGAACCUACUACUUGCAUCAAACAAAACAAGGUCAUGCAAUCAUAGUAUUCAUGUUCUUAUUCCAAGAGGGCCGGCUACCAAGGUAUUAUUUGUUGUCACAGGUAGUUACAUCUUUUGCUUAUUUUUCUUAGAAACCAUAUUACCUUAUCUUACAUUAUUAUGUUAACUUAAGUCUACAUCUUCCCAAACAAGAUCCUUAAGAGGUGCAUCUUACUUCAUACUUACAUUCUAGACUCAAAUCUAGUAAACAAUCAACGUGAGAUACUCAAUACACACUUCUCAUCGUAAACAGGUUGUCCUAUAAGUAGACAUUCAAUGUAAUAUUCAACAUGUCACUCCCUUUGUUUUAGGCUUUGAGUAAUGCCAGUGUGGUUUUAAUGUUGUUGAGCUUGCCUAAAAGCCUUCAUUGAAUACAUUGAGUAAUUGGGAAUUCACUUGAUUUUCCCUGGCAUCAUUUCUUCGUAUGAAAACACAGUUUGUGUCUAAAUAUAGCAGUAUUUUACAUAAUAAAAUCACCUCCCCCCCGCCCCCUAUUUUACUUAGAAUUUGUUGGCGACAGAAGAAGGAAGUCAUAUCGAAGAAGGAAACUGAAUCCCUUUGGGAUUCGAUUUAGUAUCUUUCCUAGUUUGUUUAUUUCUUGUUUUAGUAGGAAUAGAAAUAUGGUAGGAAUAGAAGUUUACUUAUAUG